GUAAACGUGGUGGGGAUUAUUAUCGCAAUGUUCUACGUCUUAUAUGUGGGAAAGGAGCAGUAUUAAACAGUACAUAGUUUUAAUUCAUUACAGCAUCAACUAAUUAUACGAUUCAAGGUUCUGCUUAACCGACAUAGUGGAUUAAUAUGUCUACCAAAAAUGAAAAAAUUGGUAUCAUCGGAAGUGGUUUAAUUGGUCGCAGCUGGGCGAUGCUAUUUGCCAGUGUGGGAUAUCAAGUGACAAUUUACGAUAUUGUCGAGGAACAAAUUACGAAUGCUCUCGAAGACAUUCAAAAGCAAUUACAUCGUCUGGAAAAAGAUAGCCUCCUUCGUGGUUCUCUUUCUGCUGCUCAACAAUUUCAACUUAUUAAGGGAUCAUCGAAUUUAAUUGAAACUGUAAAAGAUGCAAAGCUUAUUCAAGAAUGUGUACCGGAGAAUUUACAGUUAAAAGUGAAAGUUUACAAUGAUCUCGAUAAGAUUGUCGAUAAUAAAGUUAUUUUAUCGUCAUCCACAUCAACAUUUCGUCCUUCGCUUUAUAGUGAAAAAUUGAAACAUCGAGAUCAAGUAGUUGUAUCUCAUCCCGUAAAUCCACCGUAUUAUGUACCCCUGGUUGAAAUAGUUCCAGCACCAUGGACUCGUUCCGAAAUACCAAAUCAAACAAAAGCCAUUAUGAUUGAAAUCGGUCAAUCACCUGUCGUUCUCACUAGAGAAAUUGAUGGAUUUGCUCUGAAUAGAAUACAGUAUGCAAUCUUAAAUGAAGCAUGGAGAUUAGUAGCUGAUGGUGUGCUUAGUGCAAAAGAUAUAGAUGCAGUAAUGAGCGAAGGUCUUGGAAUGAGAUAUGCAUUUCUAGGUGCUUUUGAAGCCGCGCAUCUUAAUUCCGAAGGUAUGAAAAAGUAUUGCGAGGUAUAUAAUAAAUCAAUUUAUGACGUAAGUGUAACUUUCGGUCCGGUACCAAAAUUUGUUGGAGAUAUGGCGAAUAAAAUUAGUAACGAAUUAAAUGAGAUGUGUCCUCUUGAUAAAUUACAAGAACGACGUGCAUGGAGAGAUAAGGCGUUAACGAAGUUAUCGAUCUUGAAGAAAGAAUUGAAUAAAGAAAAAUAAAGCUACAGUUGGUACUACAACAAUUAUUCUACGACGUACAGAGUAUAAAAUACUUUAAUUGGAAUUAAAUAAACUAUUGUUUUUAUCAUCCUA